UCCACCCUGGCAAAUGUGUCUGAAAUAUCAUUCUCACUAAGGCAACACACUCCUCCUUCUCUCUCUUGCUUCCCUAUAGCUUUCUCUCACUAAGCCUUCAGUUUAGUCUUCCAAGUUAUUGCUACCACAUAUUAUCCAGGAAAAAUCAUGUCCCGGCACAAUAUUGUUUUCAUCUUUCUUGUGUUCACUGGCAUGCUAUUGAGUGGGGCAAUUUACCUUUACAAUACCUCCAACCCAUACAGACUAAUGACAGAACUAUGCUCAAAAAAGAUAGAGAAGAAGAAUAAGAAUUUGGGACUGCAUUCGUUGCCAGGGAUUUCGUACAAACAGCCCAGCGUCUUGGAAGGUAGGACAGAUGUUGUUUCUGUGACACCAUGGUUGGCUCCAAUCAUUUGGGAGGGAACGUUUGAUCCUACAAUGAUCGACUCCAUCUACAAACAACAAAACAUCACCAUUGCAACAACUGUCUUCGCUUUGGGAAAAUACACACGUUUUCUCAAAGACUUUCUGGAGUCAGCCGAGCAACAUUAUUUUGUUGGAUUUCGUGUGCAUUAUUAUUUAUUUACUGAUCAACCAGAAGCGGUUCCUGAUGUAAAACUGAGUAAUGAACAUCAGCUGAUGGUGCGAAAGGCCCCGAGUAUGGAUAGGUGGCAGGACAUCAGUAUGGGCAGGAUGGAAAUAUUGGAAAAACUAACUGCGAGUGAACUGGACAAUGAUAUCGAUUAUAUUUUCUGCCUUGAUGUGGAUACAAAGUUUUAUGGCCGCUGGGGUGUGGAGACUUUAGGUCGGCUUGUAGGUGUGAUCCAUCCUUGGUUCUAUGAUUAUCCACGGGAUCAAUUUACAUAUGAACGUAGACCAGAGUCACAAGCGUUUAUUCCGGUUGAAGAAGGUGAUUAUUAUUACACUGCUGCUGCGUUCGGUGGCACAGUACAGGAAGUUUAUAAGCUCACCAAAACCUGUCGUGAGCAGCAGAGUAUUGAUGCUGCAAAGUCUAUUGAGGCGAUAUGGCAGGAGGAGUCUCAUGUGAACAAGUAUUUUCUUUACAAUAAACCCAGCAAACUGCUCUCACCCGAGUAUCUGUGGCGGGAUAUUGACAUAAGAACGAGACAUGUCAAAAUUAUUCGCUUCUCUCAUGUGGCUAAAAACAAAGCUGAGGUUCGCCCAAACUUAUAGCAACUGUUGGCAAUGACAAUAUACAUCUGCAUUGACAUUUGCAUUUACAUUAUGCCAGCGAAAGGUCAUUUUACUUUAACUUUUUUUACUUGGAAUUACUUGAAAAUGAAAUUAACGUUAAAACAUAUGUGCUUUAAUAUUAAUUUUUUUGUGGUAACAUUGUUUUAAAGGUACUCUUUUUUUUAUAAAAAAAAAAAAUAAGUCUAGUGUACUCCACUUUAGGUCUUGCCUGGAUUUAAAAACUUAAAACCCUUAUGGCAUGAAUUGACCUUCUUUUUUAUAAUUGUUGAAAGAGAAAUACUUUGAUCGAUUUUUAAUCAAGUUAAAGUUGGUACUUGAUAAAUGUAUACUAAAUUAAUAAAAUAUUUUUACAUGUGAUUUGCAUAAUUGGAGAGGUUUUUAUAUGGUGACUAGUUAAAGUUUUUUGAAUGAUUUAAGAAUGUGAAUUGAAGACAAAUUAAGGUUAAUUGAUUGUUUACUAAUUGUAUAAAUCAGGAGACACAAAGUUACUCUGUGAACUGCAGAAGGCCUAUGGGCUGAAAUGUCUGUACAAACCUUUGUGAAAAAAAUAUUAAAGAUUUAUGAGUGUGAAUCAUGAUGAAUGUAA